UUUUCAUUCAGUUUAGAGAAAAAUAUUAGUAUUUAGAUGUGCUAAGUUAUUAAUUGGAAUAUAAUAUAAAUACGCUAUGAACUGUUGUAGACCUGUACCUUAUCUCGUCGAAUUUCGUACUUUAAAAUUUCUUGUUUCUGGAAGGCCAGAAAAGUAUAAAAUAUCAUCUUUUGCUCAGGAACUGUUUAAGAAAGAUGUUAAAAAGCUAGUUAGAGUUUCUGAAGACGCUUACGACGUAAGUGUUUUAAACGCUAAAGGAAUAGCUGUAGAAGAUUUUUUAUUUCCUGAUGGAACAUUUCCGGAGAUUCGGUCAAUAGAAAAAUGGACACAUAUAGUUUUUCAGUAUUUUAUCGAAAAUCCUGGACGCGUUUUAGCAGUCCACGAUCGCUCUGGUCUCGGAAGAGCUCCACUAUUAGUUAUGAUUGCGUUAACUGAAGCUGGUAUGAAAGCAGUUGAUGCUUUUGAUUUAAUUCGUAGAAAACGCAAAGGUUGUCUGAAUGUCCAUCAGUUUGAAGGUCUUAUGAAAUACAAACCAAAGUGUCGCCUGAAGAAACUAUACACCGAUUUGGAAGUGACGCACUCUACAAGUGUUUUUCCCACUGUUCUUGGGCCCAUUAACCCAUGAUAUCAAUUUUUUAAUCUGAAUGAAA